AUGGAGAAACUACUCGAAAUGGAAGCAGACGGGUACAUUGCUAAAACUUCAAAACCGACUGAUUGGGUCAGCUCCAUGGUCGUAUCCCUUCGCAAUGACAAAGUUCGUGUGUGCAUAGAUCCCAAAGAUCUAAACAAGGCGAUUAAGAGAGAACACCACCCCAUGAGGACAAUUGAGGAUGUUGUCUCCAACAUACCUGGUUAUAAUGUGUUCUCAAAACUGGAUGCGAAGUCAGGUUUCCUACAAAUUAAGCUCGAUGAAGAAUCUUCCUACCUCACUACCUUCAAUACUCCGAUAGGAAGGUAUAGAUGGCUUAGGCUGCCAUUUGGCAUCACAUCAGCACCUGAGAUCUACCAAAGGAUCAUGGAUCAAAUGUUGGAAGAAAUCGAUGGAGCAUUCGCGAUCAUUGAUGAUAUACUUAUAGCAGGUCAAGAUAUGGAAAAUCAUGGCAAGAUACUGAAACAAGUCGUAGAACGUGCGAUGAGCUACAACCUGAAGCUAAACUUCAAGAAAUGCUGUAUUAGGCAACCCAAAGUGACAUACAUGGGUCGCGUGCUCACAACUCAAGGACUAUCAGCCGACCCCGGAAAGGUUGACGCUAUAGUUAACAUGCCAGCACCAAAGAACAAGGAUGGUGUACGCAGGUUUUUGAGAUAA